AUGGCAGACUUUAAUAAGUAUAUACCCCAGGAGGGUACCGCUGGCUAUGCCAGCGGAGAAUCCCUCCCAGAGGUCAUUCUGACCUCUGGCCGGCCCACGUACUCUGGGGGGGCCAAAGCAUGCCAAAAACCAACAACCUCAGCACGAAACCCGGAAAUGACAGCAAGCGAUAUGGAUUUGACGAAUCGGAAGGAGAAGGAAGCGUGGACAGGAAGAGGAGGAAAGGCUGGUAAGGACCAGGCAGAGGAGGAAGAGACGAGCGACGCGGAGUUGGUGCCGGUCUCUGAAAUAUCUGGAAUGUCCGGAAUAUCCGGUCUGUCCUCGUCUGACUCGGACAGCACGAUAGAGGGCACAAAAGACCUAGGGGAGGCGAAUAAGGCCGCCCCUACAGCCCCGAGACUCGCCCUCAGAUUUCCGGCAAAAAUGCCGAAGAAGAGGGCGUUGAAAGACGACGGAGCGGCGGCCCCGGUGGCCGUCAAAGUAUCAACGGCGGCAAGAGGCCGCCCAAGACGACCAGGGGCUCACAGUAGCUACCUGAAGGAGGCCAAAGCACAUCUGGCGGAGGGGGGGGAGAGUGGAGCAAGCAGCUCGAACCCCCCCCCCUACCGGCCCCCGUGCCUCCCGCCCAGGGACCCGUCGGAGCCGAGGUGCUCCCAGCCGGCGGCCGCGACGAUCGAGGCCCUUGCCGCUAAAGCCCUCCUGAAUGUGGCCGCCAUUCAGGGGGAGGUAAAAAAGAGCGGCAACAUCAAGGGCACGGUCCUGGGACAGAUCAACCGGGCCACAAAAGAGGUGAUCGAGGCGGUGGAGGAGCUCCGCUCGAUCACCCCUCAGGAGGAACAGCGCCGACUCCGCGCGGAAAAUGCCAGGCUAGCAAGGGAAGUGGAGCUCAUCCGCGCGGAGCUCAAGGCAUUCAAGGAAGCAUACUCGGAGUCGCAGAGGAAAGCGGCCGCGACUCCGAGGGAGGUUCCUCUGGCCCGGGAGGAGGGAGUGGAGACUGUGCUCAGGGGCGCCCUCGAGGAGAUGAGGCGCGACCUUCUAGAGUCCGUAGGCGGGAUGGUAAAUGCCCGCCUAGGAGACCUGGAAACGCGCCUCCCCCCUGAGCCGGUGGUCAGACCGCCUCUUCAAGCGGACCAACACCACCCGCCGCCGCCGCGCCCUGUGGCCCGGCCAAGACUGGCAACCGGUACCACCAAAGGCACCGAAGCACGACCGGCCCAGGCCCCUGUGGCCAAAGCCGGUCCAGCCCCGAAGCCGAAGAGGCGAAUCAAUAAGACCGGACCGGCCGCCCCUCCCCCCCCUCCACCUGCUAGCGGAGAGGGGAACGCAAGGGCAGCUAAAAAAGCCAAAGCCGCAACCACUGAACCUGCCCCCCAAACAUCCGGGGGCGAAGAGGUUCAGUGGUCCAAGGUAGUCGGCCGGAAGGCCGGAAAGAAAAGCAAGAAGGCUCCGGCCAGGGCCCCGCCCGCUGCACAGGUCCAACCUACGGCGGCUAUCACCGUCACUCUCAAACCAGGGGCCACGAUCACAAACGCCGAAGGGCAGGUCGCCGAGGCCAAGUACACGGAUGUACUGGCCAAAGCCAAGGCGGCGAUCUGCCUUAGGGACCUCGGCUUGGAGACGGUCAAAGUACGGACGAGUAUGACCGGCUCCAAGCUGAUGGAGGUGGGGGGAAACACCCCGGAAGAGACGGCCGACCGCCUGGCCGCCGAAUUGACACGCGUCAUUGGCGACUGGGCGGACAUCGCGCGUCCGUCCAAGCUCGCGGACCUCCGGGUCUCGGGCUUGGACGAGACGGUAACGCGCGAGGAGGUGGCAGCCAGACUGGCAACAGCUGGGGGCUGCCACCCCGAUGCCGUCAGAGUGGGCCUCAUCAGGUCCAGCUUCUGGGGUGGGGGCUCUGCCCUUGUGAGGUGUCCGGCGGCGGCGGCGAAAGCCGUCGCCCAAAUAGGGAAGGUGGCCAUAGGGUGGAGUAUGGCCACCAUCACCGCGGUAAGGGCCCGGCCGCUGCGCUGUUUUAAGUGCAUGCGGCUGGGCCACACCCGGGCCCUAUGCCCGUCGGAAGCGGAGGAUGGUCGCCUCUGCUUCCGAUGUGGCCAAGAGGGCCACAAGAGGGCCGCGUGCGAGGCGCCUGUCAAUUGCGCCGUGUGUAAAAGGACAGGCUGCCCGCACGCCCACGUCAUGGGGGGGGCUAAAUGCACCCCCCCCACCAUGAGGGGGAAGGCCCGCUCCACCGGCCCUCCCCCUGCGCCAAGAGCGCAGCCGCCGUCCGGGCCCCAACAACAGCCCGAAGAGGAACGUAUGCAGGUGUCAUAA